GAGUUUAUAUUUGGCAGAUGCUUUAUUUAAAUCAACUUACAGAGCACUAUAUUUUAUAAAUAUGCUCCCUGAGAAUCAAACUUGUGAUCUUGGCUUUAUAUAUCCUAUAUUCUACCAGAAAAGGGCACAGAAAAGCACCUUUUUAGGAUGAACUGAUUUGACAUAAUCUGUAUAGUACUGUAUUUCCAUCUAGUUCAAGACUUGAAGGUACAGUAUUACUAAAUAAAAUAUAUAUGUUAACUACAGUGUAUAAUAAUCAUAACAUUCAGAUUUUGUCAACACAAAAUAAAAAAAAAGCAAAAUGGUUAUGUUUCAGUUUGGGUUGGCUAAAACUGUUUCUCAACAUUUCACCAAAGGAAGUGUUUCAAAGCUACUUUGCAAGUCUGGAGACCACAGAACUGUGAAAACAUACUGGUUGACUCAGAGCAGCUCUUUUUAGUCCUAUUCACAUAUUCAUAAUGAAGCUAAUCCUGGGGGUCCUCCUCAUAUUUGAAAGCCUGAGGCAAAUUAAUAAUAGGUAGUUCAAAAUUUUAUGGACCGUUUAAGAAAUAAAGAUUGAAGAUGGAGACUCCUGAGAGAGCUGCCAGAAAAUCUUUCAUAGUGGUGAUUAACAUGAUUGCGUGGAUGAUUUUAAUAACAGCUACUGGAUUAGGAACGACCCAUUUUCACGAGUGCCCUGUUCAACCAAACCUCCCCAUCUAUAUAACUGUGAUUGGAGCAACUGGUCUGUUUUCACUGUUGCUCAUGUACCUGAGGAACACUUUGGAUGACUGUCUGCUGGCUCGCUUCUGCAGUGCCUUCAGCUUGAUGCUCUGUGUAUUCAUUGUGUGCUGGUUCUUUGCUGGUACCUACUGGAUUUAUUCCAUAUAUCCUCCCAAUUAUGACUCCACCAGUACUGGAAUCCACUGUCAUAGAACCCUGUACCUGUUUGCAUUUUGGUUCAACAAUAUAUGCUUUUUGUGUAUGUCCAUACUGUUUGUUUUUUGUUUGUAUACCAUUUUGAACAACUGUACUAUUGUUUUCUUCACUGAUAGAGCUGUGUGUUAAAAUAACUCCAGGCCUGCAGUAAUUCUCUGAAAAUGUGAUGUAUUAUUAAUAUGUUAGGCUACAAGACAUUUUCCAAAAGUGGUUGUUUCAUUAAUAAAGAUUAAAGGGUUAGUUCACCCAAAAA